CGUUCGUGACGGCGAUGGGUGUAUAGUUAUCAGCCGCGUCAUUUGUUUUUGUUUACCUGCAGAUAGUUAGCCGUAGAUACAAUGUCGCCUUCACCGAUUCGGUGCCGCGGGCCCUGGAAAAUCCACAAGCGCUCGUCUGAGCCGGACCGCUGGCUAGACGAGAUGGGGUUUUUCAGGAAGCACACGGCUAGGGACUCUAGUUGCCUGUUCAGGGCCGUGUCUGAGAACAUCUUCAACACACAGCGAUACUUCCACAAAGUUCGGCUUGAUUGCGUACAAUUCAUGGCUUCACAGAGACACCUGUUUGAAGGGUCAUUGACUUGUCCUUUCGAAAAUUAUCUCAAAGAGAUGUCCAAUCCUUCUGAGUGGGGUGGACUCAUUGAAAUAUCUGCUAUGAGCCACUUGUAUAGACGCGAUUUUGUGAUAUUUGAAGCCAACAAAGGCCCGCAAACAAAGAUUUGCAAUGGUUACGGAGACACCAUAUUUCUGUUCUAUUCACCCGACACCAAGCACUUUGAUGCGGUGUACACAAAAGAAUUCAUUAAUACAUCAUCAUUUUGUCAAUCACUAGUAUACGAAAUACUAUAUGAUGGAGUGUAUCAACUGAAAGACCUGUCCUAUGCCGUGGAUAAAAUGCUCCAUGACAAAAUCCCCACCAAUCACAUUGAGUACUUCAUGUCCGAGAAUGUGGAGCGCCGCAAAAAGAAGGAGAGGGCCAAAAUCUUCAUAGAAUCUUCCAACGAGGAUGACAAGGACAGGAACAAUAAUGCAGUGGCCUUGAAGUGUAUGCACCACACUGAUAAUCUAGAAAGAUCCAGCUUGCUGAAGGAAUCUUUGAGCAUUUUCGUGUUUAACCGAAGCCUCAUUCAGCUUGAGAAUGUCUGCAUGAACUGCCUCAAUGUCAACAGCGCUAAGGACUUACUUGACAAUGGUAUAACACCAUUCCCGUACAAGGUGGCUAAAGCUUUGGAUCCGGACAUAUACCGCAACAUUGAGUUUGACGUUUGGAGUGAGCUCAGAAGAGAGUUGCGUUAUGGGACCAGAUAUUCGGAUGGGACAACUCUUCAAGUUGGCGUGAAAUGCCUGUGUAGGUUGCAAGCGGAUCAGCGUGAUCCGUAUCACUGUCAUAUCCAGGAGAUGCGUCCGGACGGAGGGCCUUGCCUAGUGUUCAUUGAAGAGUUGGGAGAGAAGCGGGUGGUUAACUUUGACCAGUUGGAGCCCCUGUCGGUGUCAGAGGCUCGGCCGUGGGCGCCACCGUAUCGAUACUCACGGGCGCACCACCUUCCAACUUUAAGCCAAAUGUUGCAACAAAUAGGCAACAUCUCACGCAAGCAGGGUCUUACCAAGACUCGCAAGAAGCCCGAGGAACCUAAGAGCCCUGAAAAAGCCAAGAGCCCCCCAAAACUGCAGUGGAAGGACGAAGUACUGGAGGAAAACCAAUACCAGACCGAUAUCAAUUUGCCUACGUACCAGCACUUGGAUUUUGCAAACUUUCAACCGCUGUCUGUUGAAGUAGAAGCGCUGCCCCUGAUGGUGGACUGCCGGCCCGGCGCCGCCGCGCCGCACGAGCUCGCUCACUCCAACGGCGAUAACCAUGCCCCCGUCAACCAGGUAUGUCCUCUACAACCAGGUGUGUGCCUGAAGACUGCCCCUGAUGCUGGACUGUUGCACGAGCUUGCCUUCUCCAACGGCGACAACCAUGCCCCCGUCAACCAGGGUUGGCAAGUGAAGACUGCCCCUGAUGCUGGACUGUUGCACGAGCUUGCCUUCUCCAACGGUGACAACCAUGCCCCCGUCAACCAGAGCGUGGGGGAGGGUGGCGCGCAUGCGCACUCGCACCUGCAGCACGGCGCGUCGCCGCCGGGCCCGCGCACGCCGCAGCCCGCGCCGCAGCCGCCCAUGACCGGCUACUCGGUUCCAGUGUUGCCGGGCGGCGGGGUCCCGGUGAACUCGGGCGCGCCGUACGGCUACGGCGGCUGCGUGAAGUCGCUCGUGUGGUGCGCCUCGCCUCCCCCCCCGCCCCCGCCGCCGCCGCCCGUCAACCCGCACGUCGUCAAGAGCGUGCAGCCGAAUGGCGCCGACUUGCCUAUGAACGAUAUCCCGACGCUGCGCUACUACUUCAACCUGGGCGUGGAGUGUAUGUGGGCCGCGUACGGCGCGCCGCCGCCUCCGAGGCACUACUCGCCCAGGGACCUCGCCAUGGACAUGCAGCAGAUAUCCCUGCAAGACCGAGCACCCAGUGGAGGCAACAAUCAACACGAACACAAGCACAAGCAGGACAAGCCGCCCAUGCAGGGCAAGGGCAACGGACAGCGGCCAUUGCUAGGUCCCAGAUUCAAACGCGGGAAUCAAGACGGAUCAAUGAACAACCACCAGAACAAGCCGCACAACAACAACGUGCCCAACAAGGGACCUAACAACCGUAAAUGUGUGUGGUGUCGCAGCCGCGUGUCGGGCGAGCCGCGCUACGAGGAGGCGGGCGGGGAGCCGGCUCUAGUGCCUCUACCAUACAUGCCGUACCCGCCGCCCAUGUACCCGCUGCCCUACUACCCUGUCGAGGACCCAGCCAUGCUGGGUAUGAUGGGCGGCAUGGGUUACGUGAGCUAUGAGGAGCCGCACUACUACCCCGCGCCGCACUACCCCCCGCCCCUCGCCCACCACCCCGCGCCCGCCAACAUGCACGACCAUCACAAGUAA